AUGCUAUCAACUUUCUGGAUAUUCUCUAUCAUUUUUUUGAAUUUCGCAAUUUGUGAGGAGAAAUUUGGAAAAUUGAGUGAUUAUCAAGGCGAUACUCGCGAGCAAAAUCCAAGGGAAUGUGUUGAAAGAGUUCUCAAGGAGGAAAAAAGUCUAGAUGAGGCUAACGAAUCAAUUAAGGUGAGUAAUCAAGGCUCCCCAAGCAAAAAAUAAAGUAGCAGACCAUAUGGUCUGCCUGCUGUUCAGAAAGCGACAAAAAUUAACUAGCAGACCAGUUGGUCUUCUUUUUUUAUGAAUGCCUAAAAAUCAAAUACUUCCAGACGUGCAUCAUCACAAUGUCCCAAGUGAAUUCCAAAAUCACGCCAAACAUCCAAUCAAAACUCAUCGAAAACCUGCAAAACUACUACAAACUCAUAAAAAUCUCGCGUCCUGACUGCAAUUCUCAACUCAAAAAGCAUUUUCCAGCCGAUAAAUGCGUCAAAUCAUCGACAAACUUCAAAGCCGGCGAUUAUUUUUGCAACGAAAUUUGGGGAAAAGAUGGAUGUGUGAUUGAUAAAUUGGAGAAAUAUUGUGGUUUUGAUUAUUCGCAAGAUGUUUAUAAUAUUUUUGCAUUUUUGAAUGGCAAAGAAAUGGAGUGUAUUGAAACUUUCUAUCCAUCUGAUGAUAGUUAG